ACACAAAGUCCAUGUCUGCUGUCAGAAGGUUUUCAGUUACACCAUUCAUCAAAGAUUUAGAUGAAUAAUAAUAAUCAAACUCAAAGUGAUUAAUACUGGGAGAUCCUGAGAAAAUGGAGGAUAUAUUUUUCGAUUUGAGAAACACUGACCAUGUUUGGCUUUCUGAGGAGAACGCUGCCUUCUCAGAUAUUUGGCUCAAUUCCUCGAAAAGUACUCGUUUUGAUAAUUCCACUGGAUCCAUAUUCGAGUCUGGCGAAGCGGGAACAUCCUUAGAACUCAGGAUUUUGGGCGCCAUUAUAUGUGCAUUGAUUAUCAGCCUGACUGUAGUAGGGAACGUUCUGGUGAUAUUGGUGGUCUUUAGGUUUAGAAGACUUCGAUCGGUAACGAACCUACUUUUGGCUAGUCUGGCAACCGCAGAUAUUACAGUGGCGCUGUUGGUUAUGCCUCUUCUGGUGGUUUAUGACAUUGAAAGACAUUGGAGGUUCGGACCCGUCGCCUGCCACUUGUGGAUCUCCUGUGAUGUUAUGUGCUGUACGGCUUCCAUCCUCCAUCUGUGUGUCAUCGCUCUGGAUCGCUUCUGGGCCAUCACCAAACCUUUGAGGUACCGCUCCUGCGUGUCCAAAAAACGAGUCAUGACGGCCAUAGGCAUCAUCUGGUUGUGCAGUUGUGCCAUAUCGUUCAUCCCGAUCUUCAUGGGUUGGUAUAGCGAGGACCCAGUUUCCAUCUUUGACGAAAGCAGCGAAUGUUCUUUGAAUGUCAACAGAGUAUAUGCGGUGAUUUCUUCUGUGACGUCAUUCUACCUUCCGCUACCAGUAAUGUUUUAUGUUUAUUUUCGUAUUCUUCUAGUUGCCGAAAGGCAGGCAAGAGAAAUUCGACAGAUAGAGAUGUCUUUGGAAGGUGCUGACCACCAUGUAAAGCGGAGUCUUCGACGUCAGUCUCGCCAGUUGCUGACCGAUACAAAGGCCAUUCGAACUUUGGGAAUCGUGAUGGGUGUGUUUUGUAUUUGUUGGCUUCCUUUCUUCCUCAUGUACGUUAUUCUGGCUUACUGCGAACAGUGUUAUUUGGAGUAUGAAUGGCGCAGCGCCAUCACUUGGCUCGGAUAUUUCAACUCAUCCUUUAAUCCUUGUAUUUAUGCCUUUUUGAACAGGGAGUUUAAAUCGGCCUUCCGGAGAGUAUUGGGAUGUAAAAAGAAAGAAGACCCGGAAGUGACUUUUCUUGAUGAUAUAAGCUCAGCAAGUCGCUGUGCUCAGCGCUUUGAACGGUUGCAGCCAGACGUGAAUAAGGAUCAAAACAGUCUGACUAACUUAGUUAAGGAUCAAAACAGUCUGACUAACUUAGUCCCAAAUGACCCGUUUAUCAGGGACUCGCGCUCGUUCCGACAACUCACUGGCACAGACUCACAAAUGUUAAAUAAAAGGCUCUUAAACGAGAACAGCAGACAUCACAGAAAAGAAAUUCGACCUCAGACAGAGGUCAAGAAUGACAAGCUCCACGUGAGACUUGCUGUCCCUCGUUUUGAUCAGUCUUCUUUGUGAGAACCAUCAAAGAAAAAACAAACAAAACAUAGUGGGUUAAAAUCAAUAAUAAGCAAAAAUAUGGAGCCGAAAUAAGGAAAAGAACCACCGAAUCAGAAACGUCGUUUAAUCAGUAACCACGAAAAACACAGACCUGAAAUUAGGUCGAGAACCAUCAAAUCAGAAACUUGUUUAAUCAGUAACCACGAAAAACACAGACCUGAAAUUAGGUCGAGAACCAUCAAAUCAGAAACUUGUUUAAUCAGUAAUCACGAAAAACACAGACCUGAAAUUACGUCGAGAACCAUCAAAUCAAGAACUUGUUUCAUCAGUAAUCACGAAAAACACAGACCUGAAAUGAGGUCGAGAACCAUCAAAUCAGAAACUUACUUAAUCAGUAACCACGAAAAACACAGACCUGAAAUUAGGUCGAGAACCAUCAAAUCAAAAACUUGUUUAAUCAGUAAUCACGAAAAACACAGACCUGAAAUGAGGUCGAGAACCAUCAAAUCAGAAACGUUGCUUAAUCAGUAACCACAAAAAACACGGACCUGAAAUGAGGUCGAGAACCAUCAAAUCAGAAACGUUUCUUAAUCAGUAACCACAAAAAACACGGACCUGAAAUGAGGUCGAGAACCAUCAAAUCAAAAACUUGUUCAAAAAUCAAUAAACCACGGAAAAUACGGAGAUGCAAGUAAUUUUGCAUAAAUGCUUAAUGAAGAGAUGGAGUUAAAAGCUUAAAAUAUUGGAAACAAAGUGGAUUAAAGCUGUGAAGAGAUACGAUCGUUUAAUUAACUCAAUAAUUGUAAAACUCUAAUGUGUUGAAAAGUGUGUAAUUAUAUAUAUAUAUAUAUGUUUCAUAAUUUUGUUGGUUGAAUUUUAUGUAAUAGGCUUAGCUGUUCACUAGAGGAUGGAUAGCUGUGAAGUUGGGUCUCGUUGAUUGGUCGAGCUGGUAAACUAUUCCCACGUGCACUUGUUAGUUUGUUUCUUUGCUCAAAUGCUCGGAGAACGCGCAGGCUUUAUGAAGUAAAAGAUAACGUGAAUGAUCCAUAACCUCAAGAUAAUCUAUAUAAUAAUACUGGCGGCGUAUUAUUAUUAUUUUGUGAAUUCUGUUUUAGUAAAUAGGUUUAGAGUAAGUAUUUACAAAUUAAUGUUGAUGUUGCGAAAAUGUAUUUUACCAUUAGUUAUACUGUAUAUUCCUUGUGUGCACAAUUAUAUAGAUUGUAUAUAUAGUUGUGUCUUGUCGUAGUAAAAGGAAGUAUCGUGCCAAACAAUGUUUCUCUAUACAUAAAUUUCAAUAAUAUUUUUGUGUAAUAUACGUGAAACAUCCGUAGUUAAAGAAGAAAAUAGCCCUAUGUACGCAAUACGCACGUGUGUACGUUUUUCUUUUUCAUACAAAAAAUGUAAAACUGAUAUUAAAGCGACAAAAAGAAAUAAAAACAUAGUUUUUUAACAUUUAGGAAAUAAACGAAUCUGACCUAUUUAAAAGACAUUGUGUGCCACGUCACGUCACGCUUGGUUUCUCAAAAUACGAGGAGUCCUAAAAGACAAAAAUGUAUUUAUCCAGAUAGAAUAGUUCGAUUACUGUCUGCCCAUUACGAUUUUAGUGACGGGGAUGCAAGGGACCUGUGAGGGUGUAUGUGUGUGAGCCGUGAAGCCUUAUAAGUGUAGUGAGUGUUGGUAUAAUAAGCCUAAGUAAAGACGUAAUGUGGGAUAACCCAGCCUAGAGCCAAGUGCAUAAAAUUUAUCAUCGUAGUAAAAAUGUCGA